UUUGCCACUUUGUUUCUUUAUUCCCUUUUCAUGUGCCUUAUACUUUUAUGCUUUUGUUGGCAUGCCCGACACUCCGACAUCUGUAAUGCUGUGUGCACUGCGCAGUGAUGUAUCCUUAGAAAAGCUUUAUCAUGGUGUGAUGGCUGUUAUGAAUUAUGUUAUUCUCAGUUGUUGCUUCAUUAAAUAUGCUACCUCAGAGGAUGCUGACAGGGCCAUUAGAGCCUUGCAUAACAACUAUACUUUACCAGGGGGAAUAGCUCCCAUUCAAGUCAGAUAUGCCGAUGGUACAGUCGAGUACAAGUUAUUCGUUGGGUCACUUAGCAAACAAGCUUCUGUGAAGGAUGUUGAAGAGAUUUUUUCUCCUUAUGGUCGUGUUGAAGAUGUCUAUCUCAUGCGUGAUGAGAUGAAGCAGAGUCGAGGGUGCGGAUUUGUCAAAUAUUCAAAUAGAGAAGUGGCAUUGGCCGCAAUUGAUGGUCUUAAUGGAAAAUUUACAAUGAGAGGAUGUGACCAACCUUUGAUUGUUCGAUUUGCGGACCCUAAGAAGCCUAGAUUUGGGGAGUCAAGGGAUCCAUCAUUUGUGGGGCCUGGCUAUGGGCCUCGCUUUCAAGCCCCUGGAAUUAGACCACCCCAUCCGAAUCUUACAGAGCCCGCAUACAGACAGAAUGCUCCUAACUCAUGGCGUCCCAUGCCCGCCUUUAAUCCAUCACAAGUAUCUAACACUAUUAACACCCAUGGUUUUGGAAAUCAAGUCUCUCCUAGAUCAAAUGACAUGCAAGCGCCCUCCUCAUUGGGUGGCCGUGGUGCUAGUGGGGACAAUUCAUUUCCUAUGCGUCCAGUUCCCUCCCCUUCUCUGACACAACAGGGUGGCCAUAGCAGCAGUGGGGAUAGUUCAUAUCCAGGGUUCCCUGUUUCUUCUUCUUCUUCUUCUUCCUCCAUGCCCCAAAAGGGGUCAAACCAGCCGUUGGUGCAAAGCCUUUCAAUUGGCCAGCAAAAUUCUCCAUCACAGAAGCCUCUUCCAUCACCACAACAUUUUCCCUCUUCCCUGCAACAACAGAAAUCACCUAUGUCGCAUGGGUAUGGCCACCCGGAUACUCGGAUACAUGGAUAUGGGCAGCCUCAAGUGCCAAUAAUACCCCCGUCUGCUGGUCAAACCCCGGUUGGUAAGGCAAUGACACCUCAGCAGAAUGUGCCAUCUGGAUCCUCAAACCAACAACACCAAGCUCAACAGACCCUUCAACAUCAACCACCAUCUCAGUUAGCUCAGAUGAUGUCACAACAAACACAAACUUUACAGGCAAGCUUUCAGUCGUCACAACAAGCCUUCUCUCAGCUUCAACACCAACAAAGGCAGAUGAUGCAACCGCCUUCUAACCAAAACUCAACAACUACUCAGCUGCAGCAACAUUCUUCUUGGCCUGGGCAUGCUCAGCAGCAACCACCUCCAGUCACUUCCUUUCAAUCACCUCUUCUUGCAACUAGUCAGCCUGUUGCCGCUUUAAAAUGUGACUGGACAGAACACACUGCACCUGAUGGGUACAAGUAUUACCACAACAGUGUAACUGGUGAAAGCAAAUGGGAAAAACCAGAGGAGUUGACCUUGUUCGAACAACAGCAGCAGAAACAACAAGAACAAACAAAGCCUUCUUCCACCACCCAACAACCUCAAAUGCAGUCUUACCCUCAAAUGCAGUCUUACCCUCAACAAGGCAUAUCUCCACAGCAAGCUUUUCAUAUGCAAGGGCAGUAUCAAAGCCCACUUCAGAUCCAGUUCCGUGCCCCACAACAGCUUCAACAACAAACAUCUCAAGCAUCAUCUUAUCAUCAGGAUCCUGGAAGGAUUGUUCAACGAAGUAAUCAGGAACAUUCUUAUGCGCAUUUACCACAUGCGGCUGGUUCAGUAAAUGAUACACUUCAUACCCAACAGGGGCUUCAUGCUGGUCAAGAAUGGAUGUCAAAGAGACCGUGAUUCGCCCAGUUGACUAAGCCAUGUCCAUAGAUAGAUAGAGGCUAGAGCAUGGCUUUCCUUGAGCUGAUAGGGGGUUCAGAUAGUCUCAUCAAGGUUAUGAUAGUUUAUUUAAUAUGUGAAGGGUAAUGGCCAGUUGUAUACAAAAGCAAUGUUGUCUGUGUCUUUUUACUGUCCUUUUCUUUUUCCAACCCUUCACUUUCCUGGGAGAGGAUGUAACUGUUUUGGUCGUUGCGGCAUUUACGGGUAUACCCUAAGAAGAAAAACAACCUUGGAUCAUGAGGCCGGUGGCAAUUUAGUCGCUGUUUCAUUAUAGUAGUUUACAUAAAUUGUUGUUUGUGGUAGUAGGAAAAUUUAUCACCAUAAUGCUUAUUAUUCACAUUGUAUUCUAGUAGUAUUAUAUGAUGCAACUUUGUUAUCUGUGGACCAAAACCAGAUGUGUUGUAAGGUACCCUACCACCACCCUUUUUGUUUCUGGGUCCUGUAAAGUGAUUUUGGCCCUUGCUAGAGUCUUUGGA